AUGCUUUUUACUACUCUCCACCUCCGCAUAUGCAAAAGCCCACCUAUUUACUCUUAUGACAAUGCUUUGUUGAUACUUUUUCACUCAUUCGAUCCUAAAAUUCAAAAGCCUUUUGUUGAUAUUGCACACUACAUACAAAAUUCGUUUGUUGAUAUCAGAACCUUUCUAGAUCCGGAUAAGAUUAAGAAUAAUGUUGUUUUGAACAAUUCUGUGUGUGUUAAGGAUGUGACUUCCAUCAUAUACGGGAUCAUUCGAUUGAACAAUGAAUCGACAAAGUGGUUAGAUGCAGCUGGGAAAGUUGUGCCUGGUGUGUCUUCAGGCGGUAUCAACUGGGUGGGAAGCAUGGAUCUGUGUCGGAAUAUCAGUGAUUUUAAUUACGGUAUAUCUCAACAUGUGAGUGGGAAAUACUGCACAGCAUUUGUCAAGCUCCCUACACCAACCGAUCUUCCUCAAAAAUUGUCUUUGGAGUUAAAUUAUGGAGUAUGCAUUCCUCACUCUUGCACGAAAAACGACUUAUUUGUGCUACUCGACAUGGUGUUAUCUAAAGUGAACUUGUCUUUAGAUAACUCUACGAGUUUCUGUCAUGAAGAUGCCGGAGCAGUACCUAAAGAUGGUUGGUACUGGGUUUCGAUAUCCCUAUUGCUAAUUGUGCUCUCUCUCUUGCUGAGUGGAACAACAGUAGAUAUAAUCAUAUGGGGCAUAUGGAAGUAUCACUUGUAUGCUCAAUCCUACGACAGACUGGUAAACAACUCUAUCUCAGAAGAAACAUCAGCUACUUCAAACGAAGCUACCGUAGUUAUUGAGGAGGACACCGGAGAUAGAAAUCUAACCGAACGAAUUACUGCUGUUUACGUAAAUCCAUAUGAGCUAUCCUAUUCAGAAUACCGAUCCAAUGUCCUGUCGAACAUGAAUUUCAGUAUUAAAUUUAUCUCAACCUACUCUAUUCCUCAUAAUGCAUGGUAUCUAUGGCAUUCCAAGCCAAGCACAUUCUUAGACAAAUCAGGUCAACCAUGUGAACAUCCUUUACUAUGUUUAGAUGGCAUCCGAUUCCUGACUAUGACUUGGAUAAUAUAUGGCCAUUGCAUUGUGUAUUCCUUGCUUGUCUCAAACAAUUCCUUGCUGUAUGUACAACUUCACUCUCGUAAAUGGACAUACCAAGUAAUGGUCAGCGCAACAUUGUCUGUGGAUACCUUUUUCUUCAUGUCAGGGUUGUUAUCCACAUAUUUGACUCUUCCAAAACUUCGGAGAAUUUGUGGUUGGAGAAACUGGUUCAAAUUUUGGUGUGGUUUUACAUUUCAUCGUAUUAUUCGUUUGACCCCAGCAUAUCUUUUAGUCCUAAUCCUAUAUACUGGUUUGUUUAUUCAUGCUUAUUCUGGACCACUGUAUCCACAAAAUCCUGAAUUAUUGGACAUCAAAUUCUGUCGUGAUCACUGGUGGGUAACAUAUCUGAGUAACAUGAUCUAUUCAGAAGAACUAUGCAUGGGUUGGUCGUGGUACUUAGCAAAUGAGUUACAAUUCUCUCUUGUAUUAGCGCCAAUAUUUUUAUCGUUAAUUAUAUGCAAAGAAGCUGUCGGUGUCGCCUUUGGGAUUGGGCUUGUGAUUUCCAGUGUGGCAGCUACAUAUGGUAUUUCUUAUGCAAAUGAUUACUUACCUGGUGCUCUUUCAAUUACAUCAUUCACAAAAAUUUAUGUGAAACCCUAUACACGCUGGAGUACUUAUGCUAUUGGUCUUUUAUGUGGCUGGUUUCUUGAAAAACACAUUAAUAUUUUAGACUCUUUAUCUAGAAAGAAUAAAGCUUUUGUAUUCUUGGCGGGCAUGAUCACUUCAACAGUAUUUUGUUUAUCCACCGUUUAUGGUUUGUAUGGACUGCUAAGCGGGAAUAUCCAGGCGUUUUCAACGUCCGAAUCUGCAGCUUACACAGCGUUUCAUCGGCCAGUAUUCAUUCUCGGUGUAGCCAUUAUUGUGUCUAUGUGUGCUCUUGGUUGUGGUAGUCCAGUUCGUUCACUACUUGCCUCGUCUAUAUUUCGUCUUCCUGCACGUUUAACAUUUACAGCCUAUCUUGUACAUCCGAUCGUUAUUCAAUUCAUUGUUAUGGGUAGUCAAGCCCCAGCCAUACUAGAUGACCUAUACUUGAUUAUUUUGUUCUUUGCGGUUCUACCAAUCAGCUACUUCAUCGGUUUCUUAGUCUCACUGGCAACUGAAUCACCAAUAAUAGCUGUCAAACACGUUCUUGGACAAAAAGGUCCCUCCCCAGUACAAAAUUAG